CGUGCACUUAGUUUGGUAUCUUAGAGAGCACCAAAAUUAUUGCUUUUUUUUUUAUUCUUGGACUUAAUUAACUUAAAAAUAUCAUACUUUUCUUUCCUAUUAUAUUCUUAAUCGAGGCUUUCUGUUCAUAAUUGAAACCGGCUGAUUUGGCGUUGUGGAGUAGUGGGAUUUAACUCCUUGCGUCCACUCCAGGCCAGAGAAAAUUAUUUACCGUUUGGUUUAAUUCCCUCAAUUCCCCCUAAAAUUGUAUUUGACAAUAUGGGGAGAUCUGGAGGCCUCAGUCGUGAAUUAGAACGUAAAAUAUACGAUCGUUUGUGUUCUCUUCGUGACACAAAUCGCCAAACAGAGACUGAAGAGUGGCCCGUAUCAACAAGGCGCGCAAUACAAUUCGUACAAGAUAGAGACCUAACUUUAAGAAGGUUAAAACGACCUAUCUUGGAGAAAACUGUUGAGAAAGUCUUGGACGUAAUGAAGACAGAAGACGAUGAAUCCUCUGCAGCGGAUCAAGACGCUGUUCUAGUUGAAAGUGAUCCUGAAGAUUUAAAUUCAUCAAGAUUGAUGGAAGUAAAGGACACGAAUGUUGUGAACAAAAGUAUCACUAGUCUUUGGAAUACAGCAAAUCCUACGACAGAAGAGGAGAAAAAAUCGAGUAGCCAAGAAAACACAAAGCGAAAAGAUCGCCGCUCGAAGACUUCAACCGGUGCUAAGCGUUUGAAAAGUACCGAAGCUUCAAGGGAACCACCUACUGGUAUUUCUUUAAAAGAUGUUGGUGGUCUUGAUGAAUGUAUCACCGAGCUACUUGAAAUAGUUGCAAUGCCAAUUAAACAUCCUGAAGUUUACCAGCAUACUGGUAUUCAACCCCCAAGAGGUGUUUUACUACAUGGUCCACCUGGUUGUGGUAAAACCAUGCUCGCCAACGCUCUUGCUGCUGAACUUGGAGUUCCCUUUCUUUCACUUUCUGCUCCAUCCAUUGUUUCUGGAAUGUCAGGUGAAUCUGAGAAAAAAGUGAGAGAUGUAUUUGAGGAAGCGAAAACUUUGGCUCCUUGUUUAAUGUUUAUUGAUGAAAUUGACGCUGUCACUCCGAAGAGAGAAAGUGCCCAAAGAGAAAUGGAACGUAGAAUCGUUGCACAAUUUCUCACUUGUAUGGAUGAUUUGUCUUUUGAAAAUACAGAAGGAAAGCCUGUAUUGGUUAUAGGUGCUACCAAUCGUCCAGACUCUCUCGAUAGUGCAUUAAGACGGGCCGGCCGAUUUGACAGAGAGAUUUGUUUAACUGUCCCAAAUGAAGAGUCAAGAGAAAGAAUUUUACGAACAAUGGCGAAGGGCUUGAGAUUAAGUGGAGAUUUUGAUUUUCGCCAAUUGGCUAAACAAACUCCUGGUUACGUGGGCGCUGAUCUUAAGGCAUUAACAUCUGCAGCUGGUGUUACUGCAAUAAAACGUAUCUUUAAUGAAUUGACUUCUUCGAAAAAGGAUAAUGCAGACGCCGAUGUUAUGCUUACCGAUCAAGAGGAAGUAAGUUCAAUAGAUAUGGAUAAAAUUGAUGAUGAUGAUGAUAUGCAUAUGUCUGUGAUUCAAAGGUAUCUGAAUACACAUCCUGAUCCUUUGACUGCGGAAGAACUGGAACCUUUGGCCAUAGGACCCCAGGAUUUUGUGGAGGCGCUUACAAAGGUACAACCGUCAUCAAAACGUGAAGGAUUUGCUACUGUUCCCGAUAUCACAUGGGCUGAGGUGGGUGCUUUGAAGUCAAUACGUGUGGAAUUACAGAUGGCUAUUGUUCAACCUAUAAAGAGACCGGAAUUGUACAGAAGUGUCGGUAUAACAGCUCCAAGCGGUGUAUUAUUAUGGGGUCCACCAGGGUGUGGUAAGACUCUCUUAGCUAAGGCUGUUGCAAAUGAAAGUAAAGCAAAUUUUAUUUCCAUUCGAGGACCCGAGCUUCUGAAUAAGUACGUUGGUGAAUCUGAAAGAGCGGUUCGUCAAGUGUUUGCCAGGGCUCGUGCUUCUUCUCCUUGUGUAAUUUUCUUUGACGAGUUGGACGCUAUGGUUCCUAAGCGUGAUGACUCCUUAUCUGAAGCAUCGUCUAGAGUAGUGAACACAUUGUUAACUGAGCUUGAUGGAUUAAAUGACCGUGCUUCUGUUUAUGUUAUUGCGGCUACAAAUAGACCUGAUAUUAUUGAUGCAGCCAUGUUGCGACCAGGCCGUUUGGAUAAAACGCUGUUGGUUGAUCUUCCUGAUGCCCAUGAAAGGGUAGAGAUACUGAAAACCAUAACGAAAACUACACCUUUAGAUACGGACAUUAACCUGGAAUUAAUUGGCCGUGAUGAAAGGUGCAGUAACUUUUCAGGUGCUGAUUUGGCGGCAUUGGUCCGGGAAGCGGCGGUAACGGCUUUGCGAUCAGCAGUUUUUCCAGACAUAGCAUCAAAUGAGCCAGAAAUCACUCAGCAUUCAUCGAAUGCACCAAUCCGUGUAACAAUGGCUGAUUUUGAGCUUGCUUUCAAAAAUAUAAGACCCAGUGUUUCUGAUCGUGAUCGUCAAAAAUACCAACGACUUGCGAAGAGGUGGUCAUCGGCUUCCCAGGGCGUUGAAUAAAUAUUGUAAAGUAUUGGAGAAUUUUUGGAUUUUAGAGGAAAGUGACAUACUUUAGGUAUUAACUUAGUUUUAGGUAUUUUGGUUUAUAAUUGAGGAUACUAGUAAACCUAUUUACGAUUAAAUAACUAUAAUUUUAUUUUCGUAACUAGGGAUAUACUAAAC